AUAAUAAUAUUCCUCCGAGUUCUCCUGUGAUUUUCACCCAUCCCUCAAUGGGUUCACUAGUUGCCAAGCUUCUCCUCCCAACUAUCAGCAGCCUGGUCUUCCUCCCGACCAUCAGUAUUGCAGCCAAGCGAAGAUUCCACAUGGAAGCCAUGGUUUAUUUCUUCACUAUGUUCUUUGUUGCGAUUUACCAUGCAUGUGAUGGACCUGGUUUGUCAGUGCUGUGUUUCAUGCGGUAUGAUAUCCUGGAGUAUUUCAGCAUCUACGGGACGGCUUUGUCCAUUUGGGUGUCACUGAUGGCUCUGGCAGAGUUUGAUGAGCCUAAAAGGUCGACCUUUGUGAUGUUCGGCGUGCUCACUAUAGCAGUGAGGAUUUACCAUGACCGAUGGGGAUACGGCGUCUACUCAGGACCAAUCGGGACGGCCGUCCUUGUGAUAACCGUGAAAUGGCUGCAGAAGAUGAAAGAGAAGAGAGGCCUGUACCCCGACAAGAGCGUCUACACACAACAGAUAGGCCCAGGCUUCUGCUUUGGGGCGUUAGCACUCAUGCUGAGAUUCUUCUUUGAGGAGUGGGAUUACACCUACGUGCAUAGCUUCUACCAUUGUGCUUUGGCCAUGUCCUUUGUCCUGUUGCUGCCCAAGGUGAACAAGAAGGCAGGGAAUGGAGGAAACCCCGCCAAACUGGACUGCUCCACUCUCUGCUGCUGCGUGUGAUAAGAGUCUCCCCCUGCCUGGAGGCUGGAGCGCCUGUAUCCCAACACGCACCUGUUCGCCACCUGGAAGGACCCUACGAAAGUUAUGCAGCCCUCGCUCGUUAGUCCAGUGGGGAUUGUGACCAG